AUGGCUCAGUUUUGUGCGGAGAAUCGAGAUCUCUCAUGCUAUUUGGUGAUUAAACAUUCGUGGAAGGGAAAGUGAGUUGAACUUGGAAAAUUUUUGAAUCUGAAACCACAAUUCGAUGUUUUUUGCAGAUAUAAACGUGUAUUUUCAAUUGGAACCUUGGCCAUUACUACUUACAACCCUCAAUCAUUGGAAAUCACAAAUCAAUGGCUCUACGAGGAUUUUUUGGGUGUGAAACCAUCGCCGAAAAAUGCGCAAAAUGAUUCGAGACAAGACGAAUUCGUGAUUCAUGUGAGAUCCAAAGGAAAACGAGAUACAAUGCGAUUUUCGUCGGAUUAUACAACUGAUAUACUGACGCAUUGUUUGACUUUCAGCACAAAAUUUGCCGAGCGGAAUCAAGAUCCAUUUGUGAGUCAAAAUUCUUGGCAAUAAUAAAAAUUAAAAUUCAUUAAAAAAAAAUGUAUUUUCAGUCAGUCAACGCUUUCAAACAAAGUUGGUCAGAUCGUCGAAUUCCAAUAGUUCUUCGAGCAAAUGCUUCGGCUUUAGAGCAAAUUGAUAAUCGUGGAGUUGUUGUGCAAUCUUAUCCAUACAAAAAUAUUCGAAGUAUUGGGAAGAUUGGCGAUUGUCCGGGUGGAUUUGUGGUUGAUGUGGGAGAGCAUCGAAGAAGGGUGGGUUUUUGUGGGAAAAAAUUCGAAGACCUAUUUUUUGGUAUUAAAAAUUGAAAAUCUGAGAAAUUCAAUCCAAAUUUUAUGAAAAAUAGUCAAAAAUCAUAUUAUUCUUCGUGAAAAUUAACCUAAAAUUGAUAAAUAUUUUAGUCAAAGCAAAAUGAUUUGCAGUUCAAUUUCCAUAAUGUUCAUUCAGUGAAAAUUUUGGUUUCAGAAUUUUUUUGAGACAAUUUUAUCUAGAAGAAGUUUCAUCGGAUCACACCUCGGCCAAACCGUGGCUGACCAGAGUACAAUUUUUUGAAAAAUCUGAAAUUCACUUUUUAGAUGUCAAAAAUUGAAAAAUCACAAUUUUUAGAGGACAAAAGCUGAAAAAUUCACAAUUUUUGUACUGUAAAAAGUUAGCGUACAAAUUUUUACUGUGGAAACCACGAUUUUGGCCGAGGUGUGCAUCGGAUUUUUGACUGAAAAUUUCGAAGCUUUCAAUUAACUAACAAAAAAAUCGGUUCAAAAUUCAGAAGGGCGAAAAAAAUUCAAUUGAAAUCAGAUUUAAAAUAUUUUUUUCAGCACAUGUUUGCGUCUUCAAAUUGUGAUGAUUUGGUGAAAGAAAUCCGAAGAUUGGCUGCAGAUAACAUUGGAAUCCUAGUCCCAAUUGCUAAAGAAAGCAUAUCCCUUGAUGAUUUUAUGCGAACUCGUUUAGGAUUAUGCAGUCGAGAUGAAGAACUCACCUCCUAUGCCGAAUUCAAAAUCUCAAAAAUCACUCGUCGCAACGAAACUCCGAUUCGACGUCUAUUAUGUUUGAGUGAAACUUGUAUAAUUGAACGAGAUCUCGCAACUUAUGCUGUUAUUUGUGCGACACCUUUGAAACAUAUAGUUUGUUUGGUGAGAAAUGAGAAGGAUCCACAACAAUUUAUUGUUGAAUAUGAGAAUGGCGAGGGAAGAGCUUAUGUGGCGGCGGAAAGAGAUUUGAUUUUGGCGUCACUUUUGGAUGGAAUUCGGGCUUCGGGGAAUAAUGAGGUGUUUGUUUGUGGACAUCGAUUUGAACGACAUUUGAGGAUUGUACCAUUUUCGAUGGGUUUGGAUGAGGAUAGUGAAUCACAGUGUAUGAGACAUAUUAUUGCAUCGCCACGUGAGUUUUUUUAAGGGGUUUGAACUCAAAAAAAACAUCGAAAAUUCAUAUUUGUUUCAUUUUUAAUUUGAAAUGGAAUAAGGGGUUUUUCGAUCAAGUUGAUUGAGUGCUCAAUAGAAAUUUGUUUUUUUUUUGUUUCAAGUAGAUUUUAUAAGCUGAAUCAUUAUUUUCACUAUAAAAAUAAUGUCGAAUUUUUGAAACAGUGGAAUAUUUUUGAAUUUUCAAAAAAAUCGAAAUUGGUAAUUUUAACGAAUUUUGGGUUGAAAUUUAGUUUUUCAUUCGAAUGAUUUUUGAUUUUUCAAAGAAAAAUAAUGUUCAAUUUUUGAAACAGUGAAAAUUGUUUUUUCGUUUCAAUUAGAAUCCUUCUAUAAAUCAUUUUUAUCUUCAAUAAAAAAUGAAUAUAGAAUUUUUGAAACAGUAGAAGUUUUGAUUUCUUCGAUCAACUUUAUUUGCAAUGAAUAAUAAUGUUCAAUUUUUGAAACAGUGAGAUAUUUUCAAAAAUUUUUGAACACAUGGAAAAUUGUUUUUUUUUUCAAGUUGAAUCGUCCAUGAAUCAUUUUUGUCUUCAAUUAAAAAUUAAUAUGGAAUUUUUGAAACAGUGAACUUUUUUUGAAUUUUUGAGCACAUCGAAAAUUUAUAAUUUUUUUCAAUUUGAAAUAGAAUGAAGUCUCUCUCUGGAACUAUUUAAUAUAAUUUAUUUUCAAUUAAAAAUUAAUGUCGAAUUCUUGAAACAGUAAUAAUUUUGGAUAAUUGUUAGCUAGAGAUUCUCAAAUCAUUUCCGAUUUUUCAAAGAAAAUUGAUGUUCAAUUUUUGAAACAGUUAAUUUUUUUCACAAUCAAUUUUUCCCGAAAAUAAAAAAAAAUAUAUACAAUGAAAAAAUGUCAUUUCAAAUUUAUUUAAAAAAUGGCAAUGGGUGAAUUUUGGUAGAAUUUAAAGUGAGUUUCAAAACAUGAAAAAUAAUUCAGAAAGUUCGAUUUUUUUAACAACAAAUGUCUUUUUAUCUCCGAAUGCUUGACAAAUUUUAAACAAUAAAAUUUUGAAACAGUGAAAUAUAUUUUGAAUAAAUUUCUCCUCCCAUUUCAAUUAUUUUCAGCUGGUCUCCGCCGAUCUGAUUUGAUUCGUCGAUUCAAUGCGAACAUUCCAUAUUCUGGUCUCCGAUUCUCCAAAUCACACGAAGGAUUUUUCACCGAAAACAAAGGAAAAGUGAUUGUCGGAGCAAUUGAAGCUGUUUUAUCAGAAAAUUAUGGAAGUGAAGAUCCGACUUAUAAACACAAAACUGAAGCACAAUUGCAAUGUUUGAGACGACUUUUUGCGUCGAAAAGCGGGUUUCAGGCGUUUACUGAAGUUAAUGGGUUAGUCGCGAGACUUGAGUUAUGACGUGACUGAAUUUUCUGAAAAUUUUGGAUUUUGGCCGCCUUAGCUAAAUUUGAACAUAAAAUUGAACCAAUAGAAAAUUGAAAAAAUUCAGAAAUUGGGUCCCAAAAUCCAUGUGGCAAAAAUGUUACGUUUAAAAAUUUUUGUGCUCCAAAAAUCCACGUGGCAAAAAAUUUAAUGUAAAAUUUAUUUUAAAUUUGAAAUUUCAAGUUUUGUAGCAUUUUUGUCGCCAAAAAAUCUGAAAAAUCCGAAAUUCAAAAUUAGCUCCUGAAAAAUCCACGUGGCAAAUUUUUAAAAUUAAAAAGUUUUUCAAAUUUUGAAAUUCCACGUGGCUGAAUAUGCCUAAAAGUUUCGAAUUUUCCGAAAAUUAGCACCUCGAAAAUUGAUUCACGUGGCCCAAAAUUCUUGAAUUUUUCAAAAUUUUUUAAAAUUUAAAACGUGACCUAAUAUAAGACGUGGAAAAUUUCUCAUUUUUUACAUUCUUUUUUUCGAAAAAACCUCAUUUUCAUUUUUUUUACCCAUUUCAGAGUUCGAGAAAAGCUUGGAAGUUUGGUGGUUCGAGUUCUCAGCUGGAAAUGUGAAGCCGUAGAUCAUGCAACAGUUGAAGCACUCUGCGCUCUUAUGUAUCCAAUGCAUGAUCAAUAUGAGCUCAGAAUUGAGCAACUCAAUAAACAAAGUCUUAUGAGUUCGCCGAAAUUCAUCGAAAAUCUUUUGGAUUUGAUUGUAACUCAUGUUGAUAGAUCAACCGGUUGGCUUGUUAUUGCAUCAAUGCUCAAUUUUUUGACAUUUUCUGUUUGCUCACCAUAUUCGGAAACGACUUCUGGCGAUACUUUUGAUCAUAUUUUGAGACUUGUUUCAGCGAGAGGAAGAAGCUUUUUCAGGUAAAGAGAUAUUUGUUAAUUUUAUUUUUUUUUAAUUCAAAUUUCAAAACCAUUUUUCUUCAGACUUUUCCAAUGUCCAAGUAUGACAAUUGUAAAAGGAGCUGGAAUGGUAAUGCGAGCGAUUAUUGAAGAAGCUGAUGUGGAAACAUCGAAAUCGAUGCAAAUGUUGGCACUAUCUGAAGGAGCAUUCUUGACACAUUUGUUCAUGUCGCUUUUGCAAAAUGGAAAAGAUUUGAGAGUUAUGACAAAUCGACAAUUGAGUGGACAUUUGAUUAGUUUGUGGAUUGCUGAUAAUCAACCGGCUAAUGAUUUGUUGACUAGAUGUUUGGUGGGUUUUGGGGGCGAGGGGAUUUGGGUGUUCUAAAAACAUUUUUAAAAAUAAUCUAAUAAAUUUGAAGCUACGACAUAGGAACACAUUUUUCCGGUGCUUCGUCAAAAAAAAAUAUUUUUAAAAAAAUCCACUUUUUUUCACUGUUUCAACAUUUUAUUUUCACAAAAUUGAUUACUUAAUUUUGGGUUUUUGACGAAAAUCACAGAAAUCUUUCACUGUUUCAAAAUUUUUAUUCAAAACUCGAGUGGUUUUGUAAAUUAGUUUUGUAUGAUUUUUAAAUUGUUUACAAUUUUCAUGUGCCAAAAAUUUUGCUGUUUCAAAAUUUCAAUAUCAAAAAUAAAAUUCAAAUGAAUUUUGAUGUUGCAUUGAUAUUCUGUUUCAACUUAAAAAUACAUCACAAUUGUUCACUGUUUCAGGAUUUUCCUAUGAUAAUUUCGAUUUUUUUUGAAAAUGAUGCUCUGAAGUCUCGGUUAUGCAACUUUUCAAAUAAUAAUUUUGACUGUUUCAUUAAUUUUUGAAAAUGAAUUACUACAAAAUGAAUUACUGUAGGUGUUGAAAACUGAUGAGUUUACUCUGCUAUCAACAAAUUUAAAAAUUAGAAAAAAAAUCAAUUUUUUAGCUCACAUAAAAUUUAUUUCAUUUAAAAUAUAUCAAAAUUGUUCACUGUUUCAGAAUUUUCUUAUGAUAAUUUAAAAUUUUCGAAAAUUAAUCUCAAGUCGGAUAAUCUAAAUAUUCUCCUUGUUUCAUGAAUUUUAGGAAAAAAAUUACUAGGAAUUUGAAAACUGAUGGAUUCAACAAGCCUAUCAAAAAUUACAAUUAAAAAAAACAUUUUGGAAUUUUUCACUGUUUCUCCAAAAUUGUGAAAAUUUAAAAAAUCAAAAAUGCCAACUUUCGAGAAUGAAAAGCUUCACUGUUCCAAAUUUUUGAUAUUUAAAAAAAAUCGAAUUAAUUUCAAUGGUACAUUGGCUUUUUCUAAUUGAAAAAAACAUCAGAAUUUAAAAUUAUUUUCUAAAGUCUGACGUGAGUUAUUCAACUUGAAUCAAUAAAAUUUUAUUUUUGAAAAAUUCCACUGUUUCAUAAUUUUAGAAAAUAUAUUAUCAGGAGUUUGAAAAUUGAUGGAUUGACUGUUUUGGCCAAAUUUAAAAAUCGCACUUUCAGCCUCGCGGACUUUUGAAUUUCCUCGAAUCGGAUGAAGCAGUUCCAGUGGCCGAAAAAGAUUUGCUAAUCCCGCGCAACAAUUUGUCAGCAGCCACCAACGAAUCACGUCAACAAAAUGCGGUCAAAGAAAAAUUGGAGCAAUUUCGCGUAACUGCCGAAGCUGGUCUCGAAAGAUUUGUGCAACACUGGGAUUUGGAGGAAAAAUUGAACUUUUUGCCGAAACGAGUUAUCGAUGAAAAACAACAACAAAGACAACAACCAGUUGUAUUGAGAAAAAGAAGAAAACGAGUUCGACCAAAUGUGAACUGGAAAUUGUUUGCAUAUCAAUUCUCGAAGGAUCACUCGCAAGCGGAUUUGAUUUGGAAUGAAAAGACGAGAGAGGAAUUCCGACAUGCUGUGGAUAAUGAAACGAGAGCAUUGGCGAGUGAAAAAGAACAAGCACCAACUGGAUUACCGAUUGCAUGGAAUCAUACUGAGUUUCAGGUGAGAAUUUUCGAAAAAAAAUGCCAUUUUGAAAUUGUUGGCACCAAAUUUCCAUUGAUUUUGCCACGUGGUUUUUUGCUAAAAAUUUGAUUUUUUUAAAUCUUUCUAAAAAAAUUGAGAGAAUUCUGAAAUUCUGAUAUUUUGAACCGGAAUGUUAAGUUUCGAAUACAAUAUUUCUCACUUUUAAAUACCAAAAGUUCUAACACAAAAUAUUGAUUUUGCCACGUGGAUUUUGGUCAAAAAUGUAGCCUGAAAUUGUUCUCUACAAGCUUGAAUUGAAAAUCACCAUAAUUUCCCCGAAACAAAUCCCAACUUUGCCUAACUUUUCCUAUUCGCAGGUCCGAUAUUCUUCGCUCCAAGAUGAGAUCAAAAUUGGAGACUAUUAUUUGAGACUUUUACUUUUGGAAGGCGAUGAAAAUGCGACACCAAUUCAUAAUCCGUUAGUUUUUAUUUUUCCUCUAAAAAUCCUCAUUUUUUCCAUAUUUCAGAACUGAUUUCUUCAACAAUGUCUAUCAUCGUUUCCUUUUGUCAACAAAAUCUGACAUGAGAUGUUUAUGUCUUCGAGCAAUGGCAAUCACUUAUGCAAGACAUCAUAUGACAAUUGGAUCAUUUGCUGAUUCCAAGUAUUUUGUGGCAAUGUUGAUUAAAUGUGCCAAUCCAUUGGAAAGGGAUCAUUUGGUGGGUGGUUUUUUGGGGGGAAACCUUGAAAAAAUUAAAGAAGCAGGCUCAAAAUUCAAAAUUUGGUUUUUCUUCUGGUAUUUUAAAUAACCUUGAGAUUUUAUUUUUGAAAAAACCAAAAUCCAAAACAAGAAAAAUAUCUUUCAGAUUCUUCUACUCUCCAAACUUGCUUUGAACAAGGAAAAUGUUCGUGAACUCAUCGUUGCUAAUAUUUUGCCGUAUCUCGUUGAUCUUUGUGUUUUGGCGCAUUUACAUGUUCAACGGGCCAAGGUUCAGAAUCAGGUUCGUACUUUUUAUUUUCAGAGAAUUGUUUACAAAAUCAUUGAGCAAAAAUGGUUGUUUUUCUUAAGAGUUUUUUGAAACAGUAGGAUUUUUUCGAAAUUUUUCCGAUCUCGAAAAUCUUACAAAAUUCAUAAGAAUUUGUUGAAACAGUGAAUUUUUUGGAUUCCGUUUCUCACAUCCGCUAUGAUAAUUUAAUAUUUGCAACUCUAUCAGAAAGCGAAUCGGGAACAACACAUUUUUGGCAUCAUGAAAAAAUUGUGAAACAGUGAAAUUUUUUACACAGCGUAUUCGAAAUGAAAAUCAGAAACCUUUGAAAUAUUUUUUCGGAAUUUUUAGUUCUUCUUAGUAUAGACCGAGUAUUAUGUCAAAAUCAAUCUUUCGAAAUUUUAAAAUAUGGUGAAACAGUAAAUUUAAAAAAAAAAUAUUUUUCAAAUAAAACAGAACUAAUUUCAAUUUUUGGUAGUUUGUUCUGAAAAAUCAAUAAAAAUAUUUUUCCAAAAAUUAUAUUUAAAAUUUUUAUCUACUAAAAAAACAAUGUGUAUCAACUUUUCUCCCUGAAUCCCCUAAUAAAUCAUAUUCUCCAGACAAAUGUUAUCGAAGCAAGCGCUGAACAAAUUUCCGAAGGUGGAUCUGAAGAAUGGUUUUAUACAGACAAAGAAUCGCAGAGAGUUGGACCCUUGUCUUUUGAGAAAAUGAAGGUUUUAUACGAGGAGAAGACAAUUUUCGAGAAAACUCCGAUUUGGGCGGCUGGAAUGGAUAAAUGGAUGAGUUUGUCGGGAGUUCCACAAUUUCGAUGGACAAUUUGUCAGAAUUCACAAGAAAAACCGGAUGAAAUUAUGGUGAAUGGAAAUGGAAAUGUGAAGUCGCCAUUUCAAGCGACGGUUUUGAAUUUCACGGAACUUGCCGUUUUGUGUUUGGACACGAUUCUGCAAAUGUGCGAAUUUUUUCCAUCCAGGUGAGAUAUACGUUUCAAAUAUUAUUUAAUUUGGAAGAAGGGAGCUAUUUUUGUUUCCAUGACAAAAAAUAUGAAUUUUAUGGAAAGAUUUUCUGGAGAAAAAUCUGGAAUUUCGGAGCCAAAGAAUCAAGAAUUUUAAGGCUGAAAAUCUGCAAUUUCGGGUCUGAAAAUAGGAUUUUUUAUUCAGAUAUCUUUUGGAUUCGGAAAUUUUUAAUUAUGCUAUUUCAAAUUUAUAAAUCUGGAAUUUCAGCGCUAAACCUUCAAAUUAUCUCAAUUUUCAUUUAAUUUUGCAGAGAUUUAAUUUUGUAGGAUUUUUUAAUCCAGAUAUCUGGAAUUUUGGGCUGAAACUAUGCUAUUUCAGAUUUAAAAAUAUGGAAUUUCAGCGCUAUUAUCUUAAUUUUCUCUUACCAAAUCCAAAAAUUUUCCAAAAAAAAAAGAAAAAAUCCAAUAAUUUUCAUUUAAUUUUGCAGAGAUGAGCAUGAAUGUGUUGUCCGUCCAAUGCCAGCUGUCAAAAAACAAUUAACCGAACCAGUUCUAUUAUAUCAACUUGUUCAACUUCUUCUAACUUAUGAUCCUCAAAUUGUUCAACGUGUCGCCUCACUUCUCAAUCUCAUAAUGCAAGAUAAUCCAUUCCUACCCCGUUUAUAUUUGUCUGGUGUCUUCUAUUUCAUUCUAAUGUACAAUGGUUCGAAUGUUCUCCCAAUUGCUCGAUUCCUUCAUUAUACACACAUGAAACAGGCCUAUCGAUCCACUUUGCCACAUUUGGAUAGUACGAGACAAAGUGUGCUGGCUACGCUUUUGCCUGAAGCUGCCACGUUUUAUUUGGAGGAGUAUGGUCCCGAAAAGUAUGCUGAAGUGUUUUUGGGUGAGUUUUGUUUGAAGAGCUAAAAAGACAAAUAACGCGGAUAAUUGUUGUGAAAUUUUCUAUGCUAUUUUUGAAACAGUGAGAUUUUUUGUGGAAUUUUUUUUUAGCAAAUAUGAAUCAUGUAAUUUUCUUAGAUUGCUCUGAAGUUAUCACAAAAAAUUUUAAAUAGAAGGCAGAAUUUAAUUUUUCAAGUGAUUUUACACAUUAUUAUGGGAUUAGCACUUGCCCAUUGUCAACAGAAAAAUAUAAAAAUUUUGAAACAGUAUAUUUUUUUGAACAAAUGUUUUUGUUUCAAAUCAGUUUAAUUUUUCGAAAAAAAAAAUCAUCAAAGUUUUGAAAGAGCAAAAAAGGAAAGAUUUUCAGAAGUAAUGGGGCUAUUCAACGAUUUUCUCAGCCGUUUUUUUUUAUUUUCUCAGCCUUCCUGAAUAAGUUUUCUCAACCAUUUCAGUGUUGAGAAAAGACGUUGAAUACUCAGGAAAAAAUUAGCGAUGGUACCGAACCUUAUCGGCCCUGGUACCGAACUCAUUUUGUCACAGUACCCGCCCCGUCGCUGCACCAGGGCAAAAAGCGUACGGCACCCGAGCAAAAUAUGUUCGGUACCGGUGCAUUCGGGUUUUAAUGGAUCCGCACCAGUGCAAAAUAAGAGCAUUUUGCAUUGGGUAUAUGCAGGAUAAAAGCGGCUCGCCUCUUGAAAAUGAGCUUUAGAAAAUACAAUUAACAUUACACAGUUUGACAAUAACGUUUAUUGACUGUCAAAUACAGGAAAAAUUAACAAAUGAAGGCGUUUUCGUUCAGCUUUGAAGUGAUGUGUUGUUGAUUGCAGAUUCCACGUCACGUUUGAGGAAAUCUGUAAAAUAUAAGUAAUAAAUGGAAGUCUGAAGUUACUUUCAAAUUUUCUGUGUUGCUUUCAUCUCAGUUUUAAUAUUUUUAGUGGAAAUUUCGAAAACAAUCAAAAAUCAUAGGAAAUUCGUUGUAGAAAUAGGGAAAUGAAGCCCCACAACUCAGAAAAGUUACUUAUUUUAAUAAAUUAUAUUUCCCAGGAAUAUAUCAUACUUUCUAAGCAGAUUUGAUAUAAAAAUACUCACCGUCUAGUUUUCACUGAAGACCGCGGUCAAUUGACGUUUUGAGCCAUUUCCAUUGAAUUGAGAAGUUCUUCAGGAAGUUGUCCUCGUUUCUUUCGACUUCUUCGUUGUUACACAUGAUAUUUCCAUUGUUUCGAUCUGAAAUCAAUCAUUGAACCUACGGUUUUUCUGAGUUUGCGAAAGACAAUACAUAAAAAUCAAACCUGAUGAGAGCGAAAUGUGUGUUCAUUGAAAUAUGUCGUAUUUUCGCCUCUUAUAGCCAAAAGUUGUUGGAGCAAAGUUCGUCAACUGUAAUUUCCUUGUCGCAUAGCAAUUUUAGACUAUCUGAAACACAAAGAAUUACAUCGAAACCUAGAAAAACACACGAAAAAAGCGUUGAAAAGAAACAAAACAAAAAAAAAACAAAAAAACAUGUUUUUUCUGCUUCUGCGUACUAUACACACAAGUUUACGCGCAAUUGCACACUUUCUUGUCGGACCCGAGAUGGCUUUUUUGUUUGAGACUACGAAAAGUACGGUUUUCAUGAAAACUAGCGCGAUAUUCGGAAUGAGAAUCAAGAAUCGAGCAUAAUCAUAUGUAAAACUUUUUCGAAAACACAUUUCAACAAAGUUAUUGAAUAUCGGGGUGAAAAUCAUCGCUUUAGAGAAGAGGUUUAUCGAAAAUUGUCAUGAUUUUUGUUCUAGAAACGUAUGAUAAAAUUUUGAUAUUGAAUUUUCGAUGAAAGCAUUAAGAACAGACGUAUUUACCUAUUGAAAUUGGCGAUAGAUGAAUUUGAUGUUGAAUUUUCACAUUUUCAUAGGAAAAAUAACGAAAAACAGCACAAUUUUACUUUUCAAUGGAAAAUAUCACAUUCUCUUUCAUUCUUCAUUCUUCAAAUGUCGAGCUUUUCUCUUUCUUACGUCGCAAAAACUCCAAAAGUAGAAAUGAAACAACUCAGAGAUUCGCUGGCCAGCUCGCCACCAGGUGGGGAGGCUGGCUGACCUGGGAACCACAUGGAAACCAUGUCGCCCGGUUUUUUUUCGCUGGCUAGGUCAAGCCCACAUGGCUACCAUGUGGUGGCCACUUCGCCACGUCAAAAUGAAUUUUCAUGAAAAUGUCUGAAAAACUUGUGAAUUGAGACAUUUUCGAAAAAUUUGGCUAAUUUUCUGUUUUUUCGCAGCACUUGAAACCUUAGGAAGUGAAAAAAACAGUAGAAAAUGCAGUGUUUUGAGUGCAAACCACCGCCUUGCCAGCUUUCCAGGAUUUCAAACACACGUCGCCGGAAAACUCGAGGCGACCUGGCGGCCACGCGGUUUCCAGGUGGCCGCAGCGAUCUGGUGGCCAGCGAAUCUCUGAGUAUUUGAAAAUUAAUUUUUCAAAAAUUAUGUCAAACAUUAAAAGGAUUCUCAACGUUUUUCGCUUCAGUCGAUUACGACACCGCACUCAAAAAAUCGCUAAGUAUUUUUUUGCACAAGAGCGGAACUUUAGUUCGGUACCAGUGCAUAACCCUAUUUGUAAAAUAAUCACUGUUGAAAAUUUCGCAAGGGUACCGAACUUGUUCGGCACCAGUCCAAAGUGCAAAAGGGUUCGGUACCAAGGCAAAAAGUUAUCGGUACCGUCGCAAAACGUCGAAAAGUCGCGGCACCGUCGCUAAUUUUUUCCUGAGUAGGUUUCCAAAAAAAAAAAUAUUUCCAAAAAACGUAUGUGUUAUUGUUAUAAAAGUAUCUACAAAUUGUGAAUAAAUUUUGUGAAAUAGUGAAAUUUUUAGUGGAAUUUUAUUAGAUUUAUAAUUUUCCAGAAUUAAUAUUGAAAAUUUUAAGCUGUAGAAAAUUUUCAAAAAAAUCAUCAUCCGUUAUAUUUCCAAAAAAAUACCCCGAGAAUUCUACGUAUCAAAAAAAUCCCAAAAAAUUUCACAUCAAAUUUAGAGUUGAUCCUUUGAACAUAUACUUGAACAAAAAAAUCUAGAAAAAAAUACGUUUCAUAAAAUUCAUAUUUUUCAUAGAAAAACACAUAAUAUUUAUUAGUGGAGUUAAUGAAAAACGGCAUAUAAAAAAAUUGAAACAGUAAAUUUUUUGGGUGUAUUUUUUCAAAACCUGCUUCUACUACAGUUUCUUCAGAUUUUCCAAAUAAAAAAAUUAUUUCCAGGUGAAUUCGAUAAUCCGGAAAUCAUCUGGAAUACUGCAAUGCGUCGUCAUCUAAUCGAAAGAAUCGCUGUCCACGUGGCUGAUUUCUCACAUCGUCUAACUUCAAAUGUCAAAGCAUUAUAUCAAUUCUGCCCAAUUCCAUUAAUCGAUUAUCCUGAAUUAACUGACGAAUUAUUCUGUCAUGUAUAUUAUUUGCGACAUUUAUGCAAUCGUCAACGAUUCCCUGAUUGGCCAAUUCGAGAUCCGAUUCCAUUUUUACGAUCUUGUUUAGCUGCUUGGUAUGAUGAAUUGGAAAAGAAGCCAGCAACAAUGUCGAUUGAACAAGCAAGAGAAACAUUAAUGAUAAAUCCGGCUGAUGAAAAUGCCCAUCAACAAUCAACAAUACGAAAACAAUAUUAUAAAUUGGCUGCGAAAUAUCACCCCGAUAAAAAUCCAGAAGGAAGAGAGAUGUUUGAACGAAUAAACGCUGCUUAUGAAUUGUUGAGUAGUAAAAGUGCACAGAAUUCAGGAAUUCCCGAUUCGCACCGAAUUGUUUUGUGUUUACAAGCGCAAAGUAUUAUAUAUAGUCGAUAUUCGCAAGAAUUAUCAGAAUAUAAAUAUGCUGGAUAUUCACAACUUAUUAAAACUAUUGAUUUGGAGGCCAAAGAUGAAGCGCUUUUUAUUAAGGUUGGUUUUUUUUUUUCGUUUGGAGAAUUUUGGGAAGUAAAAUUUUACUGUUUCAAAAAUUACAUAUUAGAAAAUUGAUUUUUCAAUAAUUAUUAGUAUUCCGAAAAGAUUUGGUCUGAAAAAAUUGCAAUUUAUUUAAAUCAAAACAGGAAAAUUUCACUGUUUCAAAAUUUUAUGAAAAAAGAAAGAAAAAUUUCGCAUAAAAAAUCUAUUCUUAUUUUCCCGAUGAGUUAGUUGUUAAUAAUAAGGCGAUGAUGCAGAUUAGUUUCUCCGCCGAGCUAAUUGAGGAGAAAGAGGAGAAACGUGUUGCAGGUGGAGGCGAAACAAUGUAUUUUUCGAAUUUCGCCCCACUUCUCUUCAUUUCUCCUCGGAGGAGAAACUCAUCUGCAACAUCGCCUAACUAAAGAAAAAUUAAUUUGGAUUUUUCAAUUUCAGUGGAUUUUUAAAUGAAGAAAUCCUUUUGUGUAAAAUCUGACUCUGAAUUGUUUUUUUUUCGAAUUCUACGUUAAAUACAAUUUUUUGCGAUUAAAAAUUUCACUGUUUCAAAAUUUUAUGAAAAAAUAAAGAGGUUCAGAAAUAUUAAUAACUUACCAAUUGUUGCCGAAAAAUAUUCUCAUUCCCCCAAAAUUUGAAUGAAUAUAAAUUACAUGAAAAUUUUCAGCCAAAAAUUUACUGUUUCAAAAAUUUGGUAUAAAAAAAUCUAUUAUAAUAUUCCGAAAACUGAAAAAAAUAUUAUUUUAAAAAUAUACUGUUUCAAAAAAUUUAUAGGAAAUUUUUGAAAUAAAUCAAAUUAAUGCUGUCCUUAACAAUUACUGGAAAAAUCUUCCAAAAAUAUCACUGUUUCAAAAUUUUAUGAAAAAAUAAAACGAUUUGGAAAUAUCAAUUUGAGUAUUGAUAAUUCAAAAUUUCUUUAUUUUUCCAAAAUUUGAAAGAAUUGAAACUACGUGAACAAGAUUUUGAACCAAAAAUUUAUAUGAUAAAUUUUAUAUUAUAUUCAGUCAAAAUUCUCUCAAUUUAAAUUCAAUUAAAUUUCAGGGAGGUGGUGAUCUUCUGUCAGCUGCAAUCGAACUCGCCAACUACACUCUUGUCAGUUCACCAUUAAACGCUGAACAAUUACGAAGAGAAAAUGGAUUAGAAGCACUUGUGACAGCUUUCGAAAGAUGCGUCCCAAUGAUAACAAUGAGCUCAAAUCCAGAAGAUAUGCCAGUUCAAGUUUGUAUUCAUAUCUGUAAUUGUUUUGCCACGUCAGCAACAUUCGAAGGAUGUCGACAACGACUUGUUGAAUUCACAACAAUAUUCGGAAGUAUUUGUCGAUUAUUGCAAUUCUCUAGUUUGCCUCGACUUUCCACAGCUGCUGCACAAUGUAUUCGAGCGUUUUCAGUGGAUACUUUGCUCCAAUUUCAAUUAUUCCAAUCGGGUGUUUUAUGGCAACUUGUUCCGCAUUUAUUCCAUUUCGAUUAUACUUUGGAUGAAGGAGGUGUUGAGCAUAGCGAGAAUUCUAAUAAACAAUCAUUGGCGAAUUCAUUGGCUAGAUCUUCUUGUGAAGCAUUGGCUUCGUUGGCUGGAUUCCGGGAUGAUACACCAGAUAAUGAUGGGGUUCAGAAUAGUCUACGAGCCCUUCUCACACCUUAUAUUUGCCGACUUAUGCGAACUGAUCUCACGAAUGAUGUUGUGUUGAAAACAUUGAAUAGUAAUCUGGAGAAUCCGUAUAUGAUUUGGGAUAAUGGAACGAGAGCCGAGGUUUUGGAAUUUGUUGAAAGACAUCGAACGUCGAAUGAGAAUAAUGUGAGUUUUUAUGGGUUGGAUUUUGAGAUUAUUUUGGUUGCUUGAAAUUAAAAAUAACUAUUGGCACUUCGAUUUUCAAAAAAAUCUCACAAAAUUAUUUUGAAAAAUAAAAUUUUUGCACCAAACUUUUCCUUUUUUUUUUUGUCGAAAAUUUCGGUCUCAUCAAUGAAAAUUAAGGCUCGAAUUUUCGAAAAAUUUGAAAAAUUUCCACUAUUUUCUCACUGUUUCAAAAUUUUUAUGAAAUUUCUAGGAUUGCUAUUGAUUUAUUUGUAGUGGAAAUAAUUGAAACCUGAAUUUUUACGCCGAUUUUUAAGAAAACUGUUCGUGCUGUUAAUACCCGAGAAUAUUUUUUUCACUGUUUCAAAAAAAUUUUAUUUUCUGGGAUUUUUUUAAAACAAUAUUGACUCAAGUUUUCUUUCAAACCAAAAAUGUCACUGUUUCAAAAUUUUUAUGAAAUUUUUGGGAUUUUUGGUUACAUUGUUAAAUUGUGCUCAUACGAAAUAUGAAGUUUUGUCUGUUUGUCUGAAGUUCUAUAUAGAGUCAUACAUUUUUGCUCCAAACUUUCAUAUUUUUUCUUAAUUUCGCUUCCAUCAAUGAAAAUUGAGGUUUGAAUAUUCGAAAAAUUUCAUAAAUUUCUACUAUUUUCUCACUGUUUCAAAAUUUUAAUGAAAUUUAUCCGCUUUCCAUUCAUUUUUUUUUUUAUUUUCUGGUAUUUUUUUUGCAAUAUUGACUCUCUAAUUUUUAGACCAAAAAUUUCACUGUUUCGAAAUUUUUAUAAGAUUUUUGGUUACAUAAUAAAUUGAAAUGUUUUUAAAAAUUUGUCUGAAGUUCUAUUGAUUCAUAACCUUUUCGCGCCAAACUUUCAGGAAAAUUUUUUCACUGUUUCAAAAAUUUCAUAUCAUUUUUUAGAUUAUUUUCAAUAUUAGUUAACUUUUCUUUUAAACAUGGUACAAAAAUUGAAGCUCAUUGUCAGAAAAACACGGAAGUAACAAUUUCAAUUACUAAUUUCUCACUGUUUCAAAAAUUUUAUUAAGAUUUUUCGAAAUGGUGAAAUUCGAUUUUCCUUCCAAAUAUUCAAAAUCAUAUUCCUUUUUUGCAGAGCGAACUAUUUGGUGCCGAAUUCGAAUUGUCUGUUCACGCCAAAGAAUUGAUUGUUGGCGACAUUUUUAUUCGAAUCUACAAUGAGCAACCGAAUUUCGCGUUAGAUGAACCCAAAAAAGUUGCGGUGGAUUUCUUGGAUUAUAUCGCGAAAUAUGCCGCCGAAUUAACAGGUCAACCAAAAAAGAAGAAUCCAGAUGAUUUGAUUGAAAUCGAUUGGGGAAAUGGAAAUGGAACAAAUGCGAAUGGAAAUCAAUUGGAAACUGAUCAAAAGGUUCUGGCUACGAUGUUGGCGUUGGCGAAUUUGAUCUCGGCUAAUCCAGGUGAGGGGGAUUUUGGGAAUUUUAAAAAUUUGAAUUAAAAAAUUAUUGAUUGUCAGCGAAAAAUCUGAAAAUAAAAAAAUUAUGAACCUUUUUCCACUUGAACAAACUCAUAAAAUUUUUAAACAUUCAAAUUCAGGAUCCUCGUUUGCUGAUAGGAAAGGUAACUUUAUUGUCGUAAAAUGUAACCUCUAGUUGUUUUUCGGUUAUGUGUUGUUGUUACUGCUUUUUUACCUAAUUUUUCUCUGUUGGAAUCACGUUAGAGAAAAAAUUCACCAAUUUUUUGUGGUCUUCUAAAAAUCCUUUUGUUUUUCCCACCCUUCCAUCCAACUUUCAUUUUUUCCAGGAAUCGAAAUUUUGCUCAUCGGACAUUUCCCGCUGUUUUUGGCCUAUUUGAGAUGUCGAAAAUGGCCUGAUUUGCAAGUGGCUGCAUUGAAAGUGAGUUUUUUGCAUUAUCUACUAUAUGGUACUACUGAAAUUAUAUACAGAAUUUAAAUGAGAUUUUGAUGAAACGUAUUUAUUGUGGGAGAUUUUUUUCCACUGUUUCAAAGAUUUUUGUCAGUUUUUAUGCUUAUCAACAAUUUGCUAACAAUGUUUUUAGAAAUGCGAAAAAAAAUUAGAUUUGUUUGAAUGAAAAAUGUUACUCUUUUUGUUUUAAAAAUUUAAGUUUUAAAAAAAUUCAGAAAUGUUUUUAUAUGUUUCGUGAUAUUCAUUUCUCUAUGAACAAAAAAAAAUUACCUUGAACCGAAUUAUUUUAUUUUUGAAAUUUAUCUAAAUAUUCAAUGUAUCGUACAUUUUUCAUGUUCAAAAUUUCACUGUUUCAAAUGAAAUUUAAACUAAAAUUGAAACUUCGAUGAAAUAUUGUAUCUGCUUUAUCAGCGAAAACUUCUAGAUUUCGAAAUUAUUCUAAUUAUGUUUUUUUUCAACUGUUUAAAAUAAAAUGGAAAUUGAAACAGAAACCCUUAAAAAAUGUUCUUGUUUCUUUAGUUGCAAAACAAUAAUUUUCCAGGUUUUCUCGCUGGCCUCUGCUAACAAAGAAUGUGUGACAGAUUUGGCUGUUUGCCAAGUGACCACAACACUUUUCACAAUUCUCCAAAAUCAACCCAAAAAUGUGGCACUUGUUCUCAAUGUUCUCAUUGCUCUCUCAUCAAAUGGUCAAAUUGUCAAAGAAAUGUUGGAACAUGGUGGACUUAUGUAUAUAUUAUCAAUACUUUGUCAAUCUUUGGCUGAUCAAGGACAACGACUUCAAGCCGCUGAAUUAUUGGCAAAAUUACAAGCGGAUAAAUUGACUGGACCCAGAUGGACACGAUUUAUUAUCAAAUUCUUGCCCGAAAUAUUUGCGGAUGCUUUGAGAGAUUCGCCAGCCACUGCACUUCAAAUGUUUGAUUCUUCGAAUGAAAAUCCGGAAUUGAUUUGGAAUGACGCGACGAGAGUUAAAGUGAAAGGAAUUAUUGAUGAAGAAGCCAGGAAAUUGUGUGAACAACAUUUGAAAGAUCCAACAUUUAAAUGGAAUACGACGAAUUUGGCGGAUAAAGAAUGUGCAUAUGGAGAUAGUAUUAGUGGAGAAUUGGUUGUUGGUGGUGUAUUUGUGAGAUUGUUUGUUGAGAAUCCUGGUUGGAGUGUUAGACAUCCAAAACAUUUUGCGACUGAGUUGAUUGAGAAGUAAGGAUAUUUGGGAGGGGGAGAGGGUGUAAAGAGCAAGAUUCCAAAAAAGUUCUGAAAAAUUGGGAAUUCCUGGAUCGUUUUUGUAAUUUUGAAAAUUUUCUUGUUUCUAUCAAUUUUUGAAUUUGUUAAAAUUCUUGGAGAUAGAGAUAUUCAAGAUUUUUCAGAAAUAUUGGGGAUUUUUUCUGUCUGGAUGAAAAGAAUUAACAGAAAAAUUGAACUUUUUAAAUUUUACUGAAAAAUCUUGAAAAUUGAAUUUUUGGAAUUCAAAAUUUUUUCACUGUUUCAGAAAAAUUUUAAUUUAAAAAUUGUUAUUUCAAACGUAAUGUAAGAGUGAUCGGAUCUAUAAAAUCAGUUUGAACAAAACAAAUUGUUUAAUUUUGAUUUUAUCAAUUUCAAAAAUUAUUAUUUGCGAAAAAUGUGGAAUUAUUAUUGAAAUUAAAAAAAUUGUUUCAAAUCUUUUCAAAAACCUUGGAAAAUGAGAAAUUCAGGUUUCGAAAAGAAUUUAUUGGAAAUUCGAUGGUCCCCAAGAAUUUAAUCAAUUUUUCGAAUAUCUUGUCUUACUAAUAUUUUUCUAGAAUUCUAUAGAAUUAAAUAAAUUUCAGCGACCCUAAAACAUCCCAAAACCCUGCAAACUUUCAAUCUCAAUAUGUUUUAUUCCAGAGUUCUCGAAUUGAUGUCAAAACCAAAUCCUCAAAUCGAUCUUGUCACAAAAGCUUUCGUCGAACUUGUUCGUCAUCAUCCAAAUACAGCCGAUCAAUUACCAAGUCAAGGAUAUUUGCCACAAUUUUGUGCUGCAAUGUGUCUUCAAAAUACGGCCGCCUCGAGAAGUGCUAUUUUGAUUCUACAAGAACUUAGCGAAAAUCAAUUUUGUUGUGAUGCUUUAUCUCAAUUGAGUUGUAUUGAAGGAAUUAUGAAAUCGAUGAAAAAUCAACCGAGUUAGUUUUUUUUGAAUUAGAAACGAUUCUUGUAUUAAAUUUCAAAAGAGCACAUGGAAAUUUAAUGUAAUUUCGAAACAGUGAACUUCUGAGAGAAAAAAUUCUGUAAAUUUUCUGGAAUUUUAUUUUUUUUUAUUCACUGUUUCCAAUAGUACAUGAAUUUUUUGUAGAAUUUUUGGAAUUCGAUGGUCGUCAACUUGUGGACCAAAAUUAAAAAUUUGAUUUCUCUAUUUUAAAAAAUCACUGUUUCAAAAUUUAUGGAUGAUUUUCGAAAAUCUAAUUCGUAUCCUUUUGACCAAAUAAUCCAUGUAGCAACACUGAAUUGUACUAAAUAUCUCAAAGAAAUUUUUUCACUGUUUCAAAAUUUCCUCUUGUAUCCAAAUCCAUUCAUAUUGAACAAUUCUAGAUUUCUGGAUUUGAAAAUUAAUUUCACAAUUUUUUCUCACAACUCACAAGGACAAGAACAUACCAGGCUAAAUUUUUCAUCAAAAAACGCCCAAACCUUUUUUAAUUGUUUUUCAUGUAAAAUCGCACUAAAACAUUUUCGACACAAAAAUUCACUAUUUCAAAAAUUAUUUGAGUUUUUGUAUAAUUGUUGAAAAUCUGUUAAAUUUUCCGGUAACGGUUUUUUCUAUUUUUCAUGAAAAUCGAAUUUUCCAUUAAAAAAAAUGACUGUUUCAAAAUUUCCUCUUUUUUUUUAGAUGAUUUUUAAAGUUAGAUGAUCAUCAACACCAAAAUUUGAAAAAACUUACUUCCCUUCUUUAAAAAUUGACUGUUUCAAAAUUUAUUUGAAUUAAUGAAUAAUUUUUUAAAUUCGAUGUAUACCCCAGUCCUUGCAUACGAAACAAUACUAAAUUCUAUAUUUGAAAAUUAUUUUCAAUUGGUUUUAGAACAAACUGGCAGUUCUCUUUCUCACUGAAAUUUAAAAAACAUUUCCUAUUAAAAAUUGACUGUUUCAAAAUUCAUUUGAAUUUUUCGGGCAUUUCUUGAAAAUUUGAUAAGGCAAGCUUUUGACUCUCUGAAUUAAAUUUUUCGCUCUGUCAUGUGGAUUUUGGCUUCGAAUAAUUCUGAAUUUUUUUUUACUGUUUCAAAGUUUACACAAAUGAAUUUGGCAUCAAAUAAUUUUUUACUUUUUGAAAUUUUCAUAGAUAAAAUUGGCACAAAUUUUUAUUUGAUAAAUUUUCAGGUCUUAUGCGAGAAUCUGCGCAUGCUCUAAAAUGUCUCAUGAAACGAAACACCGGUGAACUUGCUGCUCAAAUGCUCAAUUGUGGAAUGGUUCAAUAUUUAUUGGAAGUUUUGGAUAGUUCAAUGAAUGGAGUCACAAAUGCACAAGCGGCAAGAGCUGAAAUUGUUGACGCGUUGAAAAGUGCAAUUUUGGACUUGAAAGUUGGCCAGAAAAUUGGAGAGAUUUUGGACAAAUCACCGAUUUGGGCACAAUUCAAAGAUCAAAGACAUGAUUUGUUUUUGCCGGCUGCAAGGACACAAGCUAUUACAGGUAUGGGUUGAAAGGGAAUUGUGAAAUAUAUCUGAAAAUUCUGAAAAAUUUGUUUUGGGGAUUUUUUGGCGCGAAAAAUUUUCAGAAAUUCAGAGUUUGUCACGUGAAUUUUUGCAAAAAAAUUACAAAAAAGUGAAAAUAAUUUUUUUAAAUUUUUCACUGUUUCAAAAUUUUUAUAUUUUUUUGGAAACGGCAAAACUAUUUUGAUUUAUUUUCUCUUUCGGUUAGAAAUAAUUAAGCUUCGCAAUAAUCGAAAUUUAAUCCAAAAAUCAAUAAUUCCAGCUUUUCUAGAUUAUUGUCACUAAUUAAUUAAUUAAUUGUUUUCUUUCAGGUGGACCAACUGGUGUUGCUGGUUAUUUAACCGAAGGAAUGUUCAAUCCGCCACCAAUGCAUUCUCAACCUCCACCACUUUAA